AUGGCAACUCAACAACCAAAGAUGGCUGGUCCCAUUCUUGUUGAUCGCCAAGAGGCAAUGAACAGAGUCAAGAGACAGGCCAAGUUCGCUGUUAUCGAAAUUCCUGAAAAGGAGAAAACUAACUUGAAGUUGGACGAACUCCACAUCGAAAUUGACGUUGAAGGCGAGGAGAAUGACUUCAAAGUCGAUGGUGUUCCUGCGGACAGCUCACAGGUCUCUAGCAUGACCAAGUUUGCUAAACCGGCACCUCUACAUUGUCCUGGUUCGGUUCCGCUUCCAACCACAUCAUCCGUCUUCACCACCCUCUCCAAGUCCUUCCCAUCCAUGACCCGUCUCCCAGACGGCGAGACCGGUAUCAGAAAGAACUACAUCUUCUUCCAACUCGCUGUUUUCUCUCAAUGUCCCUGGGUUGUUACUCCCUUCGAGUUGUAUGAGGAACAAGGGGUACAUGAGAGAGAGGAGAAGACGAAUGAUGAGGAAGCAAAGGUGGAUUGGAGUAGCCAAGGAGCCAAGAAAGCAAUCAUCUUGAACGAGACCGGCUAUGCCAUUGCUGCUUUGGCUUCUUACGAGGAGUUCAAGAAAGCCAGAGACGAGGGUAUCAUUGGUGAGAGAGUGAAAUUUCAGGUCUCACUGCCUAUGCCAUUUGAGAUCCCUUCAUUUUGCAUCCUCCCUGAAUUUCAAGCGGAAGUUGAGAAGCUUUAUGCCGAGAAAAUCGCUCAGGAUCUGAGGGCUAUUCAGAGUGCUCUUCCGGCUGAAAAUUUGGCUAUUCAGUUCGACGUACCAUUUGCGAUUGCCAUGCUAGAAGGUCUAGUCACCCCAUGGUUCGCUAAGAAUCGUGAUGACUUGAAAGAACAACUUGGAGAGCGAUUCAAGAAAAUGGCUGGUCUCGUCAAGGAAGGUGUCGAAAUGGGCUUUCAUCUCUGUUAUGGUGAUUACAAACACCAACAUUUCAUGGAGCCAAAGGACACUGCAAUUUUGGUUGAGUUGAACAAUCUCAUUCAGAAAUUUGUGGAGAGGAAGAUUAAUUGGGUUCACCUUCCGGUUCCGAAGAGCAGAGUUGAUGUCAAAUAUUUUGAACCGCUUAAGGGGAUGGAAGUCAAAGGUCAUGGGGAGACGGAGUUUUACUUGGGAUUGGUUCAUGCUAACGAUUGUGAGGGAACCAAGAAGAGAAUUGAGACUGCCGCGAAAGUUCUUGGUGGCAGAUGUUUUGGUGUUGGGACAGAGUGCGGUUGGGGUAGACAUGGCGAUGCGGAGUUUGAGAGUAUGUUGGAGGUCUCGAAGAGUGCUGUUAGUGAUGUUGAAGGACAGAAACUUUGA